UGAGGCUGUUUCUGGGUCACAUGGCUUCACACCAGACCAGAAACAGCCUCUGAACAACCAGGAGCCGAGCUGCUUCUCUGCAUUCAGCCUGUUUCUGUCAAUGGGAUGCGGAAUACCUCCAUUUAAACCCGACAAACACAGAGAAAUCUCGAGCUGCGGUUUUAUUUCCUGCAGGAUUUUAGCAAAAAAACAGCAUCCAGGACGAGAGACCGGCCAUUUUGCUGUCGUUUCAAACUCAGAUUUCUAAUAUCGAGUCUGUCACUGACGGGGUAUUUAUUUCACAUUGUUUAUUUUAAUUGCCAGGUUUAGGUGUGGUUCAUUUCAAUGUUAUAGCGAUUUUUUUCCACCGGGAUAAAUCAGCGACUUCCCAGUUGCUGAACACAAACACAGAAAACACGGCUUCAGCACUGAGGUAGCACAGGAGGAGGAAAACCCCCCAGAAAAUAGACAAAAUAAAGGAUAUGGAGUCGACCAAAGCUGGGGGCGUAAUAGCCUACAUCAGCUCUUCCACCUCCAGCCCAGAGUCCUGCCACAGCGACUCCUCCAACGGCAGCUUCCCCUCCUCUUCCUCACCCUCCUCUUCCUCACCCACCCCCAAAAUCCUGCCUGUAACCCAGAAAACCGGACGCUCCUCCUCCUCCACUUCGACCGCGAAAUGUGGCAUCACAAGUACGUUUGGUCUCUCUAUAAUGGGCACACAGAACACAGUAUACAGGAAACACUCAAU